GACAUCUUUCAUUACUGUCAAUUUGUGUCGGUCAUUUUUCAAUUUAUAUUUUGAGAAUUCAGGGUCAGGUUAUAAAUUAGAUUAGACUAAAAACGUGGUGUAUUUCUGGCCGUACGAUUGUGUACCAGCUAUAACGCUACAUCUGAUUUAAUUGCAAUAUACAACUGCAAUCGACAAACAUGGAUUGGGAUUUGAAAUACGGCGAAUUAUCAUCGAAUCAAAACUUCGUUAACAAUUGCGAAGCUCUCAAGGAGAAUUUAAUGGAAGUACAACAGGUAUUGGAUCAAUUGUUACCGCUUAAGCAGCAAUACGACAAAUUAAUAUUGCCAGCACAAAUUGAACUCGAUUUGUUCCUAGCAUUCACUUUAAAUUCUUUGCACUGGAUCCAUUUGAGGAUACAAGGCGUGGACCCAACGAGUCAUCCAAUUAAAGAUGAACUGCAGCGAAUAAAAGCUGCCAUGUUAAAAUGGCAGGAAGUCAAAGACCGUGAGAAAAGGCCAUCAGUCGACAUAGAAGCAGCCAAGCGGUUCAUCAAGAGCGGGCUCUAUGACCCAUACAAAGGCACAGCCAAGGGACCCCCAAAUAAGAAAACUAAGUUCGAGGAUAAUGAUGAGUAAACCAUGCUCUCUCUAAAUUCAAAAUUAUCAAGACUGAAUAAGAUUUGUAUGAUAUGCAACCAUACCAUCUCAAGACAUGAAGAAAUUUCACCAGAUUAUGCAAACUUUUCAAAGUAGACAUAAGCUGUCCUUACAUAUCCAUAAAGUAAUCCUAUAUCUCAAGAAAUAAUCAUGUGUUAUCCAAAUCUUUGUAUGACUAGGUAUUAUAUUGUACCCACUCCAUUAUUAUAAUUAUUUCUAUUGUUAGGUAGCUCUAUAAAAUUAACAUUUUGUCUUUGUACUGUGUCUAGAAACUAGUGUUACUAUUUGUAUAAGUUUCCCUAACAUGUGUGCAAACACUGACCAAAUCUUUGUUAUUUUAUUUAUUUGUUAGAGGUGCCUUCCAAAGUGUGCCAACACAAAAGUUUUCUUGUGUAACCAAUAAUGCCUAUGUUAUUUUAAAUUUUAAGCCAAAAUCAUUAUAAAAGUAGAAAUAUAAAUGUUAUCUUAGUGUUUAGUAUCCAGGUUUAUAAAGCUAACAUUAAUCGGUUAACAGAAAAAAUCGAAAUAUGUGUGUGUCCUACAAUUAAGCAUUUUGUAAUGUUAUAUUACUUGAUAUCCAUGUAUUACUAUUGUAUAACUACUUCACUUUAAAAUUAGUCUUAGAUCUGAUUGAUAUUGCUGUCAUUAGUAGUAGUAUACAUUUAUACAUACCCAACUAUUCACUUGUUAGUCAUCUAGGUACCUUUAUUUCUUACCUUCAUCACAUUAAUUCCUUCAGUAACACAUUUUUUUCUACUAAUUCCAUUCUCUCCUGCCAUAUAUUUGCCACCAUAAGGUACCAUGAUGGUAGGUUAGUUUGUUUGUAAUUUAUUUUCCAUGUUUUACCUUAUUAUCUACAAUAAAUUAUUCGUAACCUAUUACAAUAUGUAUAUAAUGUGUACAUAAGUUUUGAUUAAAUAAAAUAAACUACCAUUUAUCAAAAAA